AUGACAACCGUGAGUCCGUCCGGGGCGGGACUGGAGGUGGUUUCGCCCUAAUUCAAUAUACCCUGGUUUCGCUCCGGGUUUCUCGCCUGGUUUCUCGGCAACCGCCGUCGCCGUCAAGACGGCCUCAAGAUGGGGUUGGAAGCCAAGCCUGAUUCAUACAGGUUCAGAUUGGUGCCCCAAAAGGAAUGGAACUUCAUGAAAAACAAGGACGCUUCCGAGAGCCUGAUGAAGUGGUCGUUGCGUGACAGAAUCUCGGUGCAGGCCUUCUGUUACGACAAACAUCUAGACAUUCACAACCGGGUCGAAUUCGUGCAGGAAUUUUUAACCGAGCCUACGAUCCUGGCGAGUUUGAAGGUUCUCACUGAAGCUAACAAAUGGUCACCGUUGACGGUGCCAGCGGCCUCCGUCUCCGUGGAGCUGGUACCGUGCACAGAGACCACAAUGCGCCUGUUCGACAAGCUGACCGACAGCGGUAUCGUCAGAGACAACGGAAACAUCAGAAAGUGCAUGGAGGAGUGGUUCGGCGACUUGGUUUUGGCUGACGAGCUCAGAAAGCUUCUGGGUGGUGGUGAAUCCGACUACGAGGACGUGUUUACGGAGGCGGAGCGGUCCGAGUUCUUGUUCCGCCUGUUCCGCCACCUGGCACUGGGUGGCCGCUGGUGCCAGUAUGAGGACAAUGUGCAGCCUUACUUGGAUGUCACCAAACUCAUCUACAAGGAGCUGGUCAGUGUUUAUAAGAGUAGCGAUUCUGUCGGCCUGCGCGUAACCAGCCAGGUGUUGAAAGUGACGGCGAAGUCGGAGGAUGGCAGCGAUCUGAUCCCGCGAGAGGCGGACCAUCCACAGAACUUCCUCUACCUGCUGGUCAACCCGCAUAAGAGGAGCGUCACCACGCUCUACCACCAGUUCGGCGCCCUGCUGCAGAAUUAGUCCAGAAGCGCUAUAGCGACGCGACGGUCGGACACCAUUUGGUGUGUAUGUCAGGAGCACACAUCAAAUGUUUUUUUUUUGUUUGUUUGUGCGUCUGUUUUUCCAGUGUUUCAUCACCAUUCAUGCUAAUUAGAGUCCAUUGCAGCCACUGUGAGAGCGAAAAAAUGUUUUGAUUUAAUCGAGUUCCGCCAUAUAAAGUAGGUAAUCACCAGGGGCGUCGCCACGGAUUUUUGACUGGGGGGGACGGAUUGGCUGACUAAAAACCCAAAAGUUAGUUAGUUUAGCGUACAGUUUCAGGCCUAUGCACUACUUGUAACGCAUACACAAUACACAUGUUCUCAUGUUCUCG